CCCCCCCUGUGCCAGCCUGGACGGCACCUUCAGGGAGCUGAGGAGGAUCCUGUGCCCCCCACGAGAGGGCGAGGGGUGCAGGCUCUGCCCCGUGGGCUGGAUGCUGGGCAGGACCAAGUGCUACUGGGUCUCGGAAAGGAUGAACUCGUGGCACGGGAGCCGGGAGGACUGCGGGGACCGCGGGGCCGCGAUGGCGAUGCCGUGGGACAAGGACGAGCUGGAUUCCCUCAACGAGACCCUGAGGAAACCCACGCGCCACUUCUGGAUCGGGCUCUCGGUGCCCGCGCCCGGCACGGGCUGGACGUGGGUGAACGGCUCCCGCCCGGACUGGAGCCGGUUCCCGCAGGACCCCGGGGAGGGUCGCGGAGCCUGCGGGGCGCUCAAGGGGGACAGGAUCGACCCCCGCGCCUGCGACACGGGGCUGCAGUGGAUCUGCCAGACGGAGUCCGCCCGGAUCUGAGGGUCUCCAUCGCACCCAAAACCCACCGUUAACGCGGGAAAAAAUCCCGAUUCCCGCGGGUUCGGCACCCACCGGCAGCUCCCGGGGCA